AUGGCAGAAGAUCAACAAUCAAAAAGAUUUUGUUCUGAAAAAGUUGGUGAUGGACUUAUAAACAAUCUUCCAGAUGAGUUGAUAUGUCAUAUUUUAUCUUUCCUUUUAACAAAGGACGCAUGCAAAACAAGUGUUCUAUCCAAAAGAUGGAAAUCGUUGUACACCAUGGCUCCUAACCUUCACUUCGAGCUUCAAAACAAAAAAGAAAACAAUUUUGUAAACGCAAUUUUCUGUAGACGUACUCAAAAUAUAAAAAAACUUAAGAUCCAUCGUCUUAAAUAUAGCCAAACUGAUCACUCUAAUUUUGAUUUGUGGAUCUUGAAGGCAUUAGACCUGGAUGUCAUGGAACUUGACUUGAAGUUGGUUAAAUAUAAUGGAAACAUAAUUUUGCCACAUAAGCUUUUCAGAUCAGAAUCACUCGUGGUCUUAAAAUUGGGGAGUCCUUUUAAAUUUCAAACAUUACUCUCUUCCUUUCGCCCUUAUUUGCCAUCACUAAAGAUUCUUCAUAUCACUUUAUGUAUAGUUUCAGUACUUGAUAUUAAAGAUUUUAUACCUCUAUAUGAGCUUAUAUAUGGAUGUCCACAUUUAGAGGAACUUGGUUUAGAACAAUACAUUGGUCUUGACUUCCUCAGAUUCUCUUUGCCAUUCUUAAAGAGGUUAUGCCUAAAUUAUACAGAGCCUUUGAAACCCUCCACUGGAUAUUCUGAAAUAAUUAAAUUCAUCAAGGAGAAGGAAAAUCUUCACAAGUCGCAGCUUCUUCCGUUUCGCAGUUUACAUUAUUUGUGGAUUGGAAUAACACAAUAUUGCAAUAUGGAUUUGAUAAUAAGGGUUCUACAAAAAACUCCUACACUCAAGGUUCUAGUCGUUCAGGAGAAAGUCUAA